AUGUCGGAUGUGUCGAACUCCUUCUCAGCUUGGGAGACCCUGCCAGAGGACGAACCUCCGCUGUGCAUCGCAGUUCGACGCCCAGUGUCACCUCCACGCCACUAUGAGGCGGUAAACCGUUGUGGAGGAGAGAGACAUAAAGUUGAGAAAAAAAACAGAGCCUAUCAAGCUACAGGUCACAUAAAUAGUGAGGCAAAAUACAACACCGAAAACGAAAGAAAGGCACCGAAAGGUCAGAUAAAGACAAAAUCGAAGCUGGGAACAUGUGGUCUUGCUUAG